UUUGUUUUGAUUCCGGCUCAGUCCUUCAACAGACGCACGUGCUCUACUUUUCGUCGUUUCGGUUAAUAAUGGCGAAUGGAGACUUUCAAAUAUCGUCCAUUAUUGAAACGUCCAAAUGUAUGGGAAGUGAGAAAAUUACUGAAAGGAGGAAAAGUGCAGAAACCCUUGACAUCUUGUUGAGCAAUCAAAAUUACAUUGCAAUACUGGAUGAUAAUACUGAUGCAAGUCAUGGGUUUACUUGGAACAAUGUCUUCGAUGCGGCCAUUGCUUACAUGAGCAAGGAGGUGGAGAAAUUCAAGCAAGAUGAAGCGAAAGGAAAAGUACUUAGUCAAGCUCAGAAGACGUUAAGAGAAAAUCAUCUUAAACUCAGUGCAAGUAGUCUGUUGAAUGUGAUUGUUUUGGCCGGUGAACGAAAACCUAGACUUGAUGUGGAUAUAGUACUUCACCACUGCUUGACUGCAUUAAAGGACCCAUUCAUGCUUGAAAAAUUUGGCAGGGAUCACUUAACUGCCCUAAAUCGUGAAAUAUUAUCCAAAAGAGGAUACUGGUCAAAAUUAAAACCAAAUUCUUGGCUGAGUAUCUUUCUCAUGAGCUUGAAAAUCUUACGAAGCCACAUUCCCAACAAUGUUACUUAUGUCUCCAUAGCUAGUCUUCUAAAUUAUGUCAUGCAUCAUGGUACACUCCAAUCAGAUAUUUCACUUAAAGUGAGAAAAAAGCUGCAAUUUUUUAUUGAAAACCUGAACAACAAAGCCAUGCUGCAAAAAGAGCAUCAUCUAAUCAAGAUCUGGAUCGAUUCAGCCAUUCAGCUUGCGUUUUCUGUUGGUUCUGAAGAUCGUUUUCUUUUGUGCCAGCUGACCGAAACCACGCUUAACACAUUCCUUGAUCUUUGCCACGAUCAUUUAGAGGACAUUGAAUUAAUUGUUCAGUUCUCGAUUCUGGCUAUGGUCGCCCAUCAUCCCUGCGGAGUCGAAGCCAAUGAGAUUGGUUUUAUGGUGGCGGGAAGCCCAGAUGAUUGGUUACGAACUAUGCGCCGAUUGCACAGUUUGAUCGACUUUGUCGUUAAAACAAACACCCAACGAAACAGGACGGCAGAGAAAAAGGUCCUUGAAUUGGAACCAAACACAAUUACGCUGGCUGUACGUGUAGCUCGCCAAAUCUUCUCCUCGUCAGAUUUGACCAUGGAUGUCACUCGAAUGGGCAUCAUGGAUGAAACAUCUACUUCCCAAAUUUCUGGCCCGUCAGCCAAGAAGAAACGCUUGAUGUCGGGCCUUUCGGAGUUAACCGAUCGCUUAAGAACGAUGGGGGCCACCAGUGAAUCCAUUCCCUUGCUCCAAAUCACAACGCAUUUGGUCUUAAUUUAUCCUGAUUUUCCUCAGACUCACGAGAUGAAAGAGUUUCUGGACUACGUGGUCGACGUCACUCACGAUUGCCGCAAAUACGAAAUGAUGUCCCACUGCUUUAAACUGUUUCGGAUAGUUUGCAUCUCGUUGUUCGAACGGCGUCAAGACAGCAAGGAACUGCUCCAGUCCUCUCUCCAGCUAGAUAAUGUAUCCAAACUAUGGGAAUCGAUUUGGAAAUGUGUGGUUGCUCAUCAGUGCCACCAAGAGAGUUUCCUUCUGAUCGCGACUUUGCUACUUUAUCGAAUUGCAUCAGAACCAAUGGCUCGUCAAAUCGCUCAAGUCCUAGGCCGGCCUGGUGGUUCCGUACCAUGCGAUCGUCAUUCCAUGCUUUGCCUUGCUGCUUUUCUGCAUCGUUACACUCUUCCCGAUCAGGGUUUCGUUCAGCCAUCUGAGAGUAAGGACAGAAAUUCAUCAAGCUUUAAUUGGAAUGGAUUGGGAGAUCCAGUCGGAGACCGAUCCAUCCGCUCUUUGCUAACUGAAUGGCUAUUGAAUUGCAAGAGUAAAGAGUACGGUACUAGUACGGCCAACCUCCACUUCAGGUUACUGGCUGCUCUCGCUAUGAAACAGCCAAUCGUCCAAAAUAUCGACAUACCCUCUCAUCUCGUGCAACUUAGUGCUCCGAUCCAGUUCGACUCUGAAUGUCACCGUUUGGAGUCCAAAUUUCGUUUCGUCGAGUUGUUGGAUCAAACAAAUCUACUAGAACUGUCAAAACCCAUCACAUCACGGCCACUAGCUAGCUGCCCGAUGUCCUCAACGAUUCUGGUAGAUCAACUCUGCUUGAUGAACGAUCUCUGUGUCCGAAUGGCGCUGAAUUUAGAAAACUACAACAAAAUAACCAGUGAAAUGCUUUCGGCUUUAAAUGACGCCAUUUGCUUCCUGUCAUUAGUUCGCAAUGUCGUUCUGUCGGGUUUGCUUUCCGACACGUCCAAACUUCGUGAAAAUGCUUUACCCCUUCUGAAAUCUAUUUGCCGCUUAGUCUUGUCAGAAGACUCCGUCUAUUCUCGUCAGUGCCUCCAAAAUUUUACAACCCUUCUCGACAUCGAAUUAGCUGGACAGGCAGGUGAAGACUUUCUCCGUCGGGCGAUCUGGGACCUGUGUUUCAGCAAACUUGUAAACGCCUCAUCUCGAGCCGAGUCACGAGAUGACACUUUUGGCGAAAUCCGCCGAGGUGGCGCUAGUCACCCUUCAGUUCAGAUCGCCGAUCAAACUCAAGAAGAGAAAAGAACCAGUCUGUUUGACUCUUGCAUUUUGACAGACGGCGAAGCGUGGCAAGUGGACUUUUAUCGUCUAUUAUCCACCGUCUCUAGUCCAGUCGAUCAUUCUGAAGCGAUUCGUCCCGAUUAUUGUGCUAUGAAGACGGAUCUCAUGCAUGCGUUAUCCAACGCUGGAACAGAUCCGACCUCCUAUUAUCAUCUUCAGUUGGGCUUCUGUUUACUUCGAACCUAUAUCCGGGCUCCCUUGGAAGCGCUAGAUGCCAUUCUCGUCAUGGAUCUAGUCGACUUGAUGUCGGGGAUAGGACUCCAAUUCAUUUACGACUACGAAUCCGCAGAGGCCGUUCUCCAUUUGCUGCCUCAACUCACCGCACAUGUUUCCAAUGUCGGUUGCUCCUCUUCAAAAGCCAAAAUCAUCAGUUUAUUCCUUCGGUUCCAGACAGAUAUUCAAGACGAAAUGUUCGGCCCGCCAGUUGAAGAAGCCUUUUACCGAUGCCUUGCCAACCUUUCGCCAUCAGCCAACUGGCUCAAAUGGGGAGCUGGGACUAUCGAAGCAACCGGCAUUUCGCCAAUCUGUUUGGAAGCAUUGGCUGGAUUAAAUCGUCCGUUCAAUUCCACAGUGAUAGCUACCUGUCAGGCGGUCCAACAGCUAUUUGACUACGGUAACAUCACGUCGACAAGUUGGCAGGACAGUCUUUUGGCUGCUCUUUCAUCAUCAAUAGUCACCAAAGAAUUAACCGCAGUGGAUGAGCAGCGAGAUGUAACCACCCGAUCUGCAUCGAUCCUUCAGCUGCUGAGUUCUAUCAUCGUGAAAAGUCCUUGGGCGGAGAAGACCACCUUAGUUAUGAUGCUUCGUUUUGCUCGUUAUCAUUCAAUUGAAACUGAAACUGUUCGACGUGCCCUAGAACUGGCCGCCCGCCAACUCAAUUUAGACUGUUAUGCCUGGCUUGAUUCUCGACUCGAGUUUCUUCUGGAUCGGUGGUUCGAAACUGAAGAAUUGGAGAACUUUCCGUUCGGCAUUUACCAUUUUUCCAACUUGACCAGUUUCCUAGAUAAACACAAAAAUGUCAUCGUACCCAUGGUAUUCUUGAAAAAAGAUUCCCAAAAAGUUGUGAACGUAGCGGAUUUAAUGGGUUUGAAUGUCGCCGAUUUGUUGUGCGAAAAUCUGGCCCCUAUAGUGGCUAAAAUCUUGCCGCGACUUUCCGAAGCCAAGCUGAAAGGAUCUGAAACGCCGGUAACGCUGAAUCGUUUUGCUCAAACCAAAUAUCAAGAGAUCCAACAACUUAUUCAGGAUAAAAGUCGCAUCAGUCAAGCCCUGAAAAACAACUUACUGGAAUUAGUAAUUCGCUUGCUCUGUAGUGUUCACGAUUCCAACGUAGCUGCCCAACUAUUUGGCCCUGAAAUAGUUCUUCCGCUGACUGGAUCCUUCCGGUUCGAGAAAUCCGCCGUCAUCGAAGCUAUUCGACACUUUUCGCCCGAUGUUAUCGCUGAUGCCAACGUUGAACCAUUUGAACAUCUUGCCCUUUGGACUGCAACAAAUCCGUGGGAAGUCCAUACUCUGCUGGUCGAGUUGUUUGUCGCCUAUGAGACAGGCUGUCGAUUGACGGACAAGCAGCAAGCGCUAGUCAACCUGGCAAUAGCAUCUGAUUUGCUAGUCAACUCCACGGAAGAAAAUCAACAGACGAUGCUCUACUACGUUUUCUAUUCUUUGGUUCACCGGAUGGGGCAUAUAAUCCGCCAGGAGAAGACGGACGAGACUCUACGUCGAGGUGCUUUGAUCAUCGUGAAAGGAAUUAUUGUUAAGGUCAUGAAUACCUGUCCGGAUAUUGUUGCCCAGCUCUUGGUGACGAUUGUCGGCUUUGUUACGCCUCUAGCGAAAGCUUCCGGAAGACUCCAAUGGCUCGCCAUUGAAAUCCUGGAAUACCUUAUCGUAGAACAUCGAAAGGAAAUUGGAAAUUUUACCGAUCAAUUGAGCCCGUUUCCUAACUUGGAACAGUUUGCCCACUUGAGCAGAGCACUGGAAGAGAGCAAACAGAACCGAAAUCGCACACUGGACGAAGAGAUUGGCGUCUUUUUGGGGCUGGUGGAUCAGUUAGAUCACGACAACAUUCCAGUCGAAAGUGUAGAAAAUUUAGCCAAAUUGCUGGCCAACCGGAAGAAGGAAGUGAUGCAACUUUACGCUCAGUUGGAAAAUAGAAACAGCUCGUCUUCAGAUUGUAUCCGCAGCAGUCUACACCGCCUCAUCUGCAGUUUGAUUCAACUGGGCAAAACAAAGCCGAUUUUAGUGGAAGCAGUCGCUGCCGCUUUAGGAGAACUGGGGCCGUCCGAUCUGACGACUUUGAUCCUUCAACCGGACACACCUGUUCCAGAUACGACAACCAUUCAGGGUCAAAUGGAAAAUCACGCUCAGGGUAGCUCCACGCUCCACUUAGCUGUGACCGUCUUCCCUAUGUUAGUGCGGUACUUGUUUGCCGAUGAGUGCCCACUACUCAGUGUUUCCGGCCGAGUGAUGCAAGCUGCCAUGGAUAGCGUAGAAGGUCAAAACUUUGUCCAACUGUCAAAAAAGUAUUCAUGGCCAUUGCGCAAUCUGCUCAUACCAUUCCGAUCCAAAACUCCAAAAGAAAAGAAAAGUCUCUUUAUGGAUACCCAGUACUUUGACAACAACAUCGACGACUUGCUGUGGACGCAAGCUGGACACUCUUGGAUAAUCCGGUUGACUUGCACGAUGAUUGGAUCGUUCCGAACCCCCAAUUUUUUCGCUAAUCUUUUGCCCGUUUGCCGUCUCCAAUCGGAUUUCUGCUCUGUUUUGUUGCCGUUUGUCGUUCGUGCAAUGCUGUCGUGCGGAGAAGAGCGCAUAAGAGAUGUCCUCUCAACACACAUCAACAGUGUUCUUGCCGGGCCCUACAAGAUGGCCGAACCGUCGGUCAAGACAGUACUUCAAGUUGUCCAGCACCUGCGUUCACAGAAAAGCGACAAAAAAACCGUUUCACCCUGGGAACGUAAUUUCCGACUCGCUUUGAAUUACUACGAUGUUGCCCGAGCAUCUCAGUCAUGCAGCGCCUAUUUCAGCACGAUCAUGUACGCCGAGAUUUGGCUGGAUCGAUUGAAUAUUAUUGGCCACUCUGAACCUCUGAGUGACGCUGGCGUUAGCGGCUAUCGGAAAAUGCAUCCAGUUCAGGACCUGCUGUUUGAAGCUUAUACCUGCACGGGUGAGCCGGAUGGUCGAACUGGAUUUCAAUGUUUACCUGACAUCCGCCGCUACGAACAAGAAUCGGAUUGGUUCCGAGCUCUAGAGUUUUACGACGCCCAGGGAUCCUACACGGAUUCAGAAGAUCAACAGAUGUUGACAUUCUCUGCCUUGUCGCGUUGCGGACUGUACCGAACUUUGUCCGAUGUCACCUCCAAUCACGACAGCCCAGCCGUCAGGGAAUACCAAUACGAAUGCGCUUGGCGUCUUUCAAACUGGAGCCAACAUCGCGAAACGGACAUGGAAGAGAAACCAGGAUUUCAGCAAUUGCUCUUCAAUUCACUUGUGGCUUUGAAACAAGGUGAUCAAGCAGAAUUAGUUCACAGCGUGUCCCAGUCCCGUUCCCUCGUUAUUGAGAAGCUCUGUCAGACCGGCAGUUUGGAAAGUUGCCGAAUUAUUUAUCCUUCCUUGACGCUGUUGCGAAUGGUGUGUGAUGUGGAGGAUAUCGACCAAUGCGACAAGAAACUUUCCUCACUUCAAGAAAAGUGGGCCCAGGAUCGGUUACCCGUUAGCGAUUUCAGCUACUUGGAGCCAAUUUUGACUCUUCGGGCCGUCAUGUUGAAAGAACUUUUUCCGCGUUCUUCUGAAACCAGAACAGCUUUAGUCAACACUUUGUUGGAGACUUGUCGUAAAGCCCGUCAGUAUGGAAACUAUCCAGUUGCUGGGCGUUGCCUUUCGCAACUCUCGACGCUUCCAGAUCUCAGUCGAGAUCUUAAAAUGAAAUUCAGUCUGGAGAAGGCGCUGACCGAAUGGCAGCGCAAAGACGGAGAUCGAGCACUAAAUACUCUGCGUUCCUUGGCCACAGUUUUGAAAGACGAUACAAUCCCUCAUCCGAUUUACCCGAGGGUUUUGAAUCUUCUCGGCCAAUGGCUGCACGAAACCCGCUCUGAAAAUCCUCGACAGAUUCUUUCCCUCUACUUUCGUAAAUCGCUGGAAGCAGCCCUGGCCACCCAAACACGUCAAAAAUGGAGCGGAUUAGAUGGCAAAGAAAAUCCUUCAUCGCACCACGUAUCCGAUGCGCGCCAAGUCCUGGCGGCUUACGCCGAUUCCCUUUACAAAGACCUUCAAAGCUACAUUGAAUCAAGAGACUUUGAAACGCAGCAAAAACUGGCCAAGAUCCGCCAGGGCAAAGCGGCCGAGCUGAAGAAAAUGAGAGCCAGCGCACCGGAUGAGAACAAAGAUGAAGUCAGGCGAGCCAAUCUCUUCAUGACCAACGAAACUACAAAUGACAUGAGUGAAUUUCAAACCUUGUUCACAGAGAGGGAAUCGUACUUACUGGAAGCCGCCGAGAAUUAUUUGGUGGGAAUUCGAGAGGAAGCGGGAGGAGAAAACACCAACAUUUCCUACGAUAAGAGGAUUUCGCGUUUGAUUUCUUUAUGGUUCGACAACAGAACCAACGUGAAACUGACUGAGCUGAUGAUGGCUUGGUUACCCAAAAUACCAUCGUAUCAUUUUAUACCCGUUCUUCCACAAUUGGCUGCUCGGCUUGUGUCCAAACUGAAUCCGCAACUCUAUCACGACGAAUUCCCCAAACUGUUGCAAAAUUUGAUUGAAAAAUGCGCCCUGGAACAUCCACACCAUACGCUUCCUGUCAUCUUAGCUCUGGCUAUGACCAACAAAGAUAAGGAAAUUGAAGAAACUUCCCGGUCAGCGAAUCAACGUCCGGAUGAGGAUCGCGUGACGGCAGCGAAGAAAUUGAUCCAAAAAGUCGGCAAGCGACCAGAGGAAGGACUUCGCUGCAAGAAACUGGAACAGCUGCAUUCCAGUCUGAUCCGGUUGGCAAAUAAAGAAGUCAACGUCAAGGAUCGUAGUGUUGACGCUUUGAAAAUUCCAGUCGAAUUGAGUAGCAUGAACAAUCUGGAAGAUGUUGCUGUUCCCACUUUCUCCUUAGCUGUCAACCCCGACGGUGUCUACCAAAAGGAUCAGGUGGUUGGCAUCACCUCUUUCGAUCCCCAUUUCAUCUUGGUGGGCGGCAUCAACGCUCCAAAGAAAAUGGAAUGCCGGGGAACGGAUGGCAAGAUUCGUCCGAUGCUGCUCAAAGGGAAAGAUGAUUUGCGUCAGGAUGCCGUUAUGCAACAAGUGUUUUCUACAAUGAAUCUAUUCCUCGAGCAAGAUGAACAGACUAGACAGCGCAAAUUGAACAUCAGGACGUACAAAGUUGUGCCUUUAUCAAGAAGAAGUGGUCUACUUGAAUGGUGCGAAGGCACCAAUCCUAUUGGAUUUUUCCUUUUGGGAAAAGAUGGCAAAUCUGGCGCCCAUUCGCGAUACGCCAAGCCAGGCGACUUGUCGUCCGAAGAAGCCAGGAAGGAAAUGGCUAAUCUAAUGAACGUUAAAAGUUCAGACGAGCGGCUCCAGCGCUAUCGAGAAAUUUGUGCGCGUUUCCCGCCCGUAUUCAGACACUUUUUCCUGGAACAAUACUCAACGCCUUCCGUUUGGUUUGAAAAGCGUUUGAGUUACACACGUAGCGCUGCUGCUUCGUCCAUGGUCGGCUAUAUCCUUGGCCUUGGGGAUCGACAUCUUCAGAACAUUCUUAUCGACGAACACACAGCCGAACUGAUUCACAUCGAUCUCGGUAUUGCCUUUGAUCAAGGGACAGUUUUGCCCAUUCCGGAGUCAGUUCCAUUCCGUCUAACUCGCGACAUAGUCGAUGCUAUGGGCGUUUUGGGAGUAGAGGGCAUAUUCCGUCGGUGCUGUGAAUUCUCCAUGGAGGUGAUGCGGAAGCAGCAAGAUAGCAUCCUAACUUUACUAGAAGUGCUUCUCUACGACCCGCUUUAUGUAUGGACAGUUACGCCGCAAAAAGCGGCCGCUCUGCAGCAAAAACAAAAGAGUCUUAGCAAACGUCGUGGAUCUAACGUCUCUGAGAUUGUUGUGGACGACGAGUCUGUAGAUAACGAAGUAAACGAGUCGGCCAAACGGACUCUGGUUCGUCUGAGUCAGAAGCUCAGGGGAGUGGAAAAGGGAACUCCUCUGUCGGUGAGAGGCCAAGUAAACUUACUUAUACAGCAGGCCACCGACCCAGCGAAUUUGUACCGUAUUUUCCACGGCUGGAGACCUCAAGCCUGAUUGAAUUGUGUGCCAACGUCUGAUACGAAAGUUAUAAGCCUUUCCAUUUAAUUGUUUUUCCUAAAUUAAAUAUCACCCUAAAAAAAUCGUGUUUGUGAAUAUAUAUUGUUUCCGAAGAAUUUGAAUAAAAAAAAGAAGGUUCUCCUUAGAGAUUCAACAGGU